AUGGCUUUCAUCAAGUCCGUCAAGAACUCUGCUUACCACUCCAGAUUCCAAACUCCUUUCAGGAGAAGAAGAGAAGGUAAGACCGAUUACUACGCCAGAAAGAGAUUGGUCGCUCAACACAAGGCUAAGUACAACACUCCAAAGUACAGAUUGGUCGUUAGAUUCACUAACAAGGACAUUAUCUGCCAAAUCGUCUCCUCUACUAUUACCGGUGACGUUGUUUUAGCUGCCGCUUACUCUCAUGAAUUGCCAAGAUACGGUAUCAGCCACGGUUUGACCAACUGGUCUGCUGCUUACGCUACUGGUUUGUUGAUCGCCAGAAGAACCUUGCAAAAGUUGUCUUUGGACGAAACCUACAAGGGUGUCGAAGAACCAGAAGGUGAAUACAGUCUAACCGAGGCCGUUGAAGACGGUCCAAGACCAUUCAAGGUCUACUUGGACGUUGGUUUGCAAAGAACCACCAGCGGUGCCAGAGUCUUCGGUGCUUUGAAGGGUGCUUCCGACGGUGGUUUGUACGUUCCUCACUCCGAGAACAGAUUCCCAGGCUGGGACUUCGAAUCCGAGGAAUUGGACGCUGACUUGUUGAGAUCUUACAUCUUCGGUGGUCACGUGUCUGCCUACAUGGAGGAGUUGGCCGACGACGAUGAAGAGAGAUACUCUGAAUUGUUCAAGGGAUACAUUGCCGACGACAUCGAUGCUGACUCUAUCGAGGAUAUCUACGCUGAGGCUCAUGCUGCUAUCAGAGCUGACCCAAGCUUCAAGCCAACUGAAAAGAAGUUCACCAAGGAACAAUACGCUGCUGAAUCUAAGAAAUACAGACAAGUUAAAUUGACCAAGGAGGAAAGAAAGGCCCGUGUUGCCGCAAAGAUCGCUGCUUUGGCUCAAUGA